AUGGAGCUGCGCGAGAUGAACCGCGCGUACGGUACUGCGGAGGAGACCGCCGAACUCCUGCCGCAGCACGAUAACGCACCCGAGUAUGAGAGCUAUUUCAUCGAGUAUGCGAUGCAGAAGGAGAUGAUCAAUCGUAAUCGGUGCCCCGCGAGCCGACGAUUGCUCAGCCAGGCCGCACAUCUGGACUUCAAUUUUCCCAAUAGCAAUCACUCCAAGGAUUCACCAUGUGCCGGAAUCACCAUGAUCCACACUUCGAGCGAGAAUUGGCCGCCCUCCAGGAAGCGCGAGGAGGCGAAGGCCUUGGAGAACCUUAGGAAGAGGGUAGAACAGAGCAAGUUAUACAAGACGGACCGAAUUACCGAUCCCGUCGUAGCCACCACGUCCUCGAUAAACUAUGAGUUGACUCAACAACAACUGGACAAUCGACCGAAACUUCUGAAAAAGAUACUCAGCAACCGACCGAUGAGUAUCACAUACGAUAGGAGUGACUUGGAAACCGAUUGGCGCGACAGCGAAUUCAUCACCGAGUGCCUUUGCUGGCACAAUGUUUAUCGGCAACGGCAUAACGCACCUCCGUUGACCAUGUCACCGCAGUUGUGCGAGUACGCUCAAUCAUGGGCGAAUCAUUUGGCGCACACGAACACGUUCUAUUAUAAAAAUGAUCGGAACGUAGGUCACAAUCUUUAUUGUCGUCCUGGUGGUGCGGUACCUGGCGAUAUCACGGGGCAGGAGGUUGCGUCUUACUGGUAUUCCGCUGUGAAGCAAUACGACUUUCUCAAAGAACCAGAUAUUCUUCACGCCAAUGUAAACGCAGGUCAUUUUACUCAGCUGAUAUGGGCGAGAAGCUGUUACUUUGGGGUCGGAAAGGCAUGCAGUAGAAGCGGCAAGGUGAUCGUGGUGGCCAACUAUGAGCCGGUGGGCAACGUGUCCGGUCAAUUUCAGAACAAUGUAUUUCCGCCAUUACCUGAGAAUAUGAAUGUGAUGCUUUCGCCACCCACUAUUCGGAUGCCGCGAGGGCAGUACGAAUUACUGAAAUCCACAGCGUCAUCCUUGCCGCCAUCGUUACCGCCUCCGUUGUCGGACACCGCGUCCACCGCUAGCGAUACUACAUCCGUCAGCUCCGGCCAAUAA